AUGAAUGACUCGGACCCAACGAGCGUCAUGAAGCUCAGCCAGCUUCAAGAGCUUAUCGUGAGCGAGUCCCCAUCCAAACUGGAGGGCGGCAUCCAAACCGGGCUUCGCAUUCUCAGCAGCAUCAAGAAGGCCUUUGCACUCGCAGAGACUAUGCCCGAAAUCGCGGAACGGGUGAAAUCAUGCGAUAAACUUCAGGCUCAAGCCGCUCCUCAACGUUCAGUAGUGGGCGUUGUUGGAAGCACCGGUGCUGGUAAAAGCUCGGUGAUCAAUGCAGUUCUAGAAGAAGAAUGCCUCGUCCCGACCCACGGCAUGCGUGCAUGCACUGCAGUCAUCACGGAAAUUUCCUACAACAACUCAGACCGAGAAGACCAGAAAUAUCGCGCCGAGAUCCACUUCAUUUCCAAGAAGCAGUGGACGAAAGAACUGCGGGUUAUGCUCGUCGAUAUGGCGGACAACCAAGACGCCCUGGGGGCAAAUUACAAGAGCAGCGAAAGUGAGGCAAGCAUCGCCUACGACAAGAUCCGUGCCGUUUACCCGUCUCUGGAGAGUGAGGAGAUUAAAGACGGCAAAUUUGACAUCGACGAACUACUAGCAGAACCUUUAGUCAAGAGUUUGCUUGGUACCGUUGAGCGGCUUGCUAGCUCUAAGUCCGAAGACCUUUUGAAGCUCCUCAAGCCGUUCAUCGACUCUCAGGAAAAAGCGCUUGGUAAGAAACAGCCUGGAAAAAUGGGGUACUGGCCCCUGGUCAAGGUCGUGAAGGUCUUUGUGCCAUCCCCAAUCCUGAAAACAGGACUUGUUCUGGUGGACCUCCCUGGCUCCCAUGAUUCAAAUGCCGCCCGGUCUGCAAUUGCCUCGAAGUAUAUUGAGCAAUGCUCAGGCCUCUGGGUCGUCGCACCCAUCGCAAGGGCGGCUGAUGACAAGGUCGCCCAAACCUACCUCGGAGAUAAUUUUAAACGCCAACUGCAAUUCGACGGAACCUACUCGAGGAUGACCGUCAUUUGUUCAAAGGCCGACGAUAUCUCCGUCACUGAAGCUUUAAAAUAUUUACCUGAGGAGGCCGAGGCGAAGCAGCUCCAUGCCCACAUUAGGCUUCUCGAGCCGGAGUGUAAGAAGCUCCAAGAGAAACUCGAUAUCUUGGAGCAAGGGGAAACUGAGGCCUACGGCGAAAUUGAACAAUGCCUAACAUAUAUUGGCGGUCUUCGAUCGGCCAUCGACGACUCGGCCGAUGAGGAUGACGUGAUUUUGUUUUCUCCGAGGGCGUCACGCAAGAGGCCGACUCGAGAGAAAACUUCAAAGCCCAGCAAGCGCACGCGCCGACAACGUGAUGACGACUCUGAAGAUUCGGACUCCACUUUGGGUGACGAGCCAAUUGUUCUGGAAGAUGGGCCCGAAAAGGAGCAUAUCUCACUGAAGGAGGCAAAGCGGUGGCUGCGGGAGGCCGAGUCUCACUUAAACAAGUUGAUUUCGAAGCGCGAGGAGUUGAGUUAA